AGGGUAUUCCUCUGGUGUACUACUUUGGGCCGUGUGGGAAGUACAAUGCCAUGGUGCUGGAGCUACUGGGGCCCAGCCUGGAAGACCUGUUUGAUCUCUGUGACCGCACCUUCUCCCUCAAGACCGUCCUCAUGAUAGCCAUACAGUUGGUAAGAAUUUAGCAGUUGUUUACUUGAGUGUCCUACUGGUGCCCAACCCAUAGCUUAUAAGACUACUUUCAGUGAAUAUUCACAGUAUGUCAGCCACAUAAUUAGAUGGGGAACUAUAGGAUCACUAUGAUGUCAGCCAUUUCUAUUCCUAUCGCUGUGUUGUCAUUCUCUUGGCUCUCAGAGGUUUACAGCAUUUGAAAAGUGUCCUGAGAGAGUUUGAGAUCGUAUCUUGUCUAAAUGCUCUGUGUUCUGCCUCCUAGAUAACGCGGAUGGAAUUUGUCCACACAAAGAGCUUGAUAUACAGAGAUGUCAAGCCAGAGAACUUUUUGGUAGGGCGGCCGGGCAGCAAGAGGCAGCACACAAUCCACAUUAUCGACUUUGGGCUGGCCAAAGAAUACAUCGACCCUGAGACCAAAAAACACAUCCCGUACCGGGAGCACAAGAGCCUUACUGGCACGGCACGCUACAUGAGCAUCAACACACACCUGGGGAAAGGUGAGAAAUUGGAAAGAAGCUGUUUUUUAAACCCUAAAGAUGUACCUUUAUUCUUGGAACCCUGUCCUGGUUUUAUUUGUGUGCUGUUUCUGCGUAUGUCAUUAAGGAACUCUUCUUCUCCUCUCCUCCAGAGCAAAGCAGGCGGGAUGACCUGGAGGCUCUGGGUCACAUGUUC